AUGUUGGUUCCGCCGGACAUGAUGGCAGCGCAAAUGCGUAUGGUUCAUCAAGUGAACAAAUAUUGCAACGAACGAGUUCAAACUCGAAAAGGACAAAUAAAUAAGACAAUACAAGAAGUCUGCAGAGUUGUGCAAAAUGUCCUCAAAGAGGUCGAAGUGCAAGAGCCGAGAUUCAUCUCCUCGCUCACGGAUUACAACGGGCGUUAUGACGGUCUCGAGGUGAUAUCGCCGAACGAGUUCGAGAUUGUCAUCUAUCUCAACCAAAUGGGAGUACUUAAUUUUGUCGACGACGGAACACUGCCAGGAUGCGCGGUGUUGAAGUUGAGCGACGGCAGAAAACGCUCGAUGUCACUCUGGGUUGAAUUCAUCACCGCUUCCGGGUACUUGUCAGCCAGGAAGAUACGAUCGCGAUUUCAGACUUUAGUGGCACAAGCAUGUGAUAAGUGUUCAUAUAGAGACAGCGUAAAAAUGAUAGCUGACACCACAGAAGUAAAAUUACGUAUACGUGAAAGGAUUAUAGUGCAAAUAACGCCGGCGUUUAAAUGUGCAGGUCUGUGGCCGCGUUCAGCGGCGCAUUGGCCAAGUCCCCAAAUUCCCUGGCCACAUCCUAAUAUUGUAGCCGAAGUUAAAACCGAAGGAUUCGAUAUGCUUUCAAAAGAAUGUGUGGCUCUCCAAGGAAAAAAUUCUGCCAUGGAAGGUGAUGCCUGGGUAUUAAGUUUUCUAGAAGCAGAAAAUCGCCUCUUGCAAGGCGGGUGUCGUCGUAGAUGCUUGAGCAUACUAAAAACAUUACGUGAUCGACAUCUAGAUUUACCCGGCAACCCAGUCACUUGUUAUCACAUCAAAACAUUGCUUUUAUACGAAUGCGAGAAGCAUCCUCGAGAAAUAGAAUGGGAUGAAUCGUGUCUCGGUGAUAGAAUUAAUGGAAUUUUCCUUCAACUAAUCUCAUGUUUGCAGUGUAGGAGGUGUCCACACUAUUUUCUCCCUAACUUGGAUUUAUUCAAGGGACGAUCGCCAACGGCUCUUGAAAAUGCUGCCAAACAAGUUUGGAGGCUAACGCGGAUUAUGCUAACAAACACACGUUGCUUAGAAGAGCUGUGA